AUGACCCUACUAUUGUUCCUGCUUUUGGCAGCGCCUUCUUUGGCAAAGUCGGGUCUGUCCUCCCAUAUUGUUCCGUUGGCCUACGACCUGAUGGUCAAGCUACCGAUCAGGGAGUUCAAUGGGUUCACGGCUUCCAUGGUCCUUCAUUUCAACCUCACCGCCCUAACUGACAACAUCACCCUUCAUUCCGUGGAUCUGCACAGUUUCCGGAACAUCUCGAUAAUUUCCGGGGAAUUCGCCGAGCCCCAACUGAAAUCCAUCCGGAUUCUGAGGCAAACGGUCGAAUUCAAAUUCGCGACCGCCCUACUUCCCGGACAGUACUUGUUGACCAUCGGAGAGUACAAUGGACGGAUCAAUAAUGGUUCCUUUGGGGUGAUCCACCGGAACAACUCCAUUUAUACCACUCAUUUUCAACCGAAUCAUGCUAGAAGACUGAUGCCUUGUAUUGAUCAUCCUUCGGUGAAAUCAACUUUUCGGAUUUCCGUCCUUCAUCGGACCAACACCGUCGCUCAGUCCAACACUAUCGCCAAUGAUGUUCAGGUGAGUUUUUUUUUUAUAUUUGAAGAUUCCCCAGAACUUUUAUCUAUACUGUUUAGAUUUGCUUUUUGUUAUGUUUUUUCAGAAAUUUAUUUUUCCAAGUUGGCUGUUGAGUUCAUUAGAAAUCAAGAAAUCUUUCUGGAUUUCUUUUUUUGAUUUUUUUCAUUGAACUAUGGGUCUGUUCUGCUAGAUUUUUUCGUUUUUUUACAUCUAUUUUUUUAGAAAAAAAUGAAGUUCUCUUCAAAAAAAUCCCUGGAAAACUGUUAAACUUCUUAAAAGUUUUGUACCUGCCUUAUAUAAUUUUUUCGAUUUUUCAGAGUUUUUCUAGCUUUUUUUCGGCAUGUAAUUUCGGCUUUUUUUAAAAUUCCGUACUGAUAGAAAAAAAUUAUUUUUUUCAACAUAGAAUCAAAAUUUAGUAAAGAAGGUGAAAUGAUCUUACUUCUGAGUAGGUAAUUUUACAGGUUCUAAGAAAAAAAAAAAUUAAAAAUUCCAUUUUUCUAGAAAAGAGACAAUAUGUCCUCAGAAAAAUGCUCAAGAAAUUUUGGAAAAAUCUGGGAAAAAAUCAAAAAUUCAGGUGGAAGACCAAGAAUGGCAAAAAACGACGUUCGCCGCCACGCCACAACUUCCAGCCUACCUCAUUUCGUUCUCCAUUUUACCGGACACUAAUCUACAGGUUUGUCAUUUUUUCUUGAUUUUUUAUCGAUUGAUCGAUUUUUUCUGGAUAACUUUGUUGAUUUCCAUGUAAUUGCCAUUCAAUUAAGGUAUAUUUUUUUCCUAAAGUUCAGAUUUUUUUAAGAAUCUCCAGAACUUCUAGGAAUAAAUUUUCCGAAAUCAUCCUAAAAUUCUUCUCAAAAUCAUUCCAAUCAGGGAAAAAAAGGGUCCAAAAAAAUUAGGAUUAUAGCUCCAUUUUUCGAUAAAUUUCGUUACUUUUAAUGCAGUUUUUCAACUUUUUCAAGCUUUCAAACCUCACUCAAAGAUGAAAGAAAGAACUUUUAGAUUAUUAUCCAUAUUGAGCCCAAAAUAUUCUUCGGAAUGAUUCCCAAGCGUAUAAAGGUCAAAAAAUCGGAUUAUCCCUCCACACCUGGCCGAUUUCGCCAAUUUCAAUGCAAUUUUUGAACUAAAUCAAGUAUUCAAAUCAUUUUCAGCGGUUUCUCAAACAUUUUUCAUAGUUUAUCCUCUAAGUUCAGCCCAAAACGGACUUCAAAAUCACUCCAAACAGCAAAAAAAUCGCUAAAUUUUUUUGAUAAUUUCUUCCUUCUAAUGCAGAAAAUCUCUUAUUCGAACCUUAAAAGUUAUUUUCUAGAAGUCACAAAUUAUUUUUCGAAGAAUAUCUUCCAAAUUCAGCACAGAAUAAACCUUGACGUCAUUCCAAAACAGCGAAAAAAACAAGUCCAAAGAGUAGAAUUCCGAAAGAAAGGAAGAAAAGAAAAGCGGGGAGGGCAGCGAUUUUGUUGGCGGAAAGUGCGCGCGCCUGCACUUUUUGGCCAUUGAGAGCACAAUUCCCAUCGUUUUCUGUCGACGUUGGCGAGGACCCAAAGGGCAAGUGGGAAAUAUUUUUUGGAAAAGAAAGGGACUUUUUUUGCAGAUUAAAAAAAUAAAAGGUUUUUUUCGGACUUUCUGUAAUUUUUUUCUCAAUUCAUUGCACAAAAUCAUCUCAUUGGAGAUUUUUUUAUGUAAACUUUAAUUUUUUUCGAAUCUUUCUAGGCCCUAAAAAAAGUGAGUUGAAAACACUUUUGAAAAGAGUUUUUUUAGCUUUUUUUCUAAAUUUUGAGUCUGAAAAAAAAUGUUUACCGAUUUUUUUUUGCGAAAAUUCAACGUUUACAAAGCUUCUUUGCGAGCUCUAAUUUUUCUGGCCUUUAAAAAAAUUUUUUUAUUUUUUUCAAUUCUCUCAUAAUUUUUCAAUAAACAACCUUCAAAAAAAGUCGAAAAACAUCAAACUUCAUUGACGUGGGCUUAUGUUUUUGAUACACAUAAUAAUAGCCUUCGCGGAAUUGGAUCCUGCCUUUUUUUUGACGCGAAAUAAAUAUGAUUAUUGAACUUUUUGACUUUCUUUGAAAAAGUAAUGGUGCAAACAGAAAAAUUUACUUGCGGGGGUUAAAAUUCUGAAAAAUUUUUUUCCACCAUUUUUUUCCAUUCAAAAAGCUCAAUUAUAAUAGCAAAUUUAUCUUUUUAAAAAUUCUUCUAGUCCUCUCAAAAAAAUUUUUUCAAAGUCCAAAAAAAGAAACUUGAUUUUUGAAGAUAAUUUCCUCAAAAAAAUCAGAAAUGAAAUUUUUUUAAAGGCGCAUCAAAAAAAUUUCAUAGGGUCUCGAAACGAAAGUCCAUUUUCAGGUUUUUUUCUGUUCCCUUAGGAACGCCAGAGUGAUUCCUAUAGGGAUCAGAGAAAGAAACAGCGUUUGUAGGACAAAAAAAAGUGCCUCCUAUAGGGUUUUGAGUUUUUGGCAUGGAAAUGCUUCUUCUCAUAGAGCUCAUAACAAUCAUCUACUUGCAUGUCCCCUUAAGAGGCCACUUUGUCAAGCUUUAGUGGCCACUAUGGGGGGAGGUAAAGUGGUCCCUAGAGGGAACUUUGGCCACUUUUGCGAGCUUCAGUGGUUCCUAUAGAUAGAGGGAAAGUGAUUCCUAGAGGGAAGCCUUGAAAGGGCCUCUAAGGUUGGCCCUCUAGGGACAACUCUGGAGUUCCUAAGUAAAACUUGUACGCCUUGAAAAAUCCGACUUCUUUCUAAAAACUUCUCAACUCUCUCGAAAAACUUAUCAGUUCCUCUCAAAGAUUUUGUUUUUCCAACAGAAAGAAGAAAAAAAAUUGAUUGCCUUCGACCAUCUCCACCCAAAAUUUGUGUGUGCGUGUGUUCCCUAAAUAUUGACAUUUCCAGGCCAAUUCGCCCCUAAAAAUCUUCAUAAACAAACGCGCCCCCCACUGCCCAAGAAGAACAUAAACACGCGAGCAAAGUUCGCUUCACAAAAUUCGUUUUGUUUGUUGCUCCAUUAAUUUCGAAAUUCGGCGUUUGCGCCGUAAAUUGAGGGGUUUUUCGGAUGAAAAUGAUGAAAGCGUCCUUUAAUGAUGAUCUGGGGUCAUGAAAAUCGGCAUUUACUAUUCGUAAAAGGUAUGAAAUGAUAGUAUAACCGAAUUUCAAAGAGAAAACACCUUCAUCUGGGUUCAACUUGUUCUUUAACUAAUUAUUCAGAGAUAUUUUGAAGGAAAAUAUGGAAAAGUGAAAUUUACGGUCCUUAAAAUGCUCAAAAUGAUGCUAUAACUGAGCUUGUUUAAACGAAAAAAAUUAUGAUCCUUGAUAAGUCGAAUGAAAUCUCAAUUUAAAUUAUUUUUUUAUAGCCUUUCCACCAGCGUUUUUGGUCAAAAAAAUCAGGGAUUUAUAAAUCAUAGAAAAUAUAUAAAUAGAAAAAAAUAUAGAAAGGAACAAAUAGUCUGAAAUCUUAAUAACUUAAGAUCACAAGCCAUCAAUUUUAACCGAAAAUUCAGGGAUUUUCUAAUAUAAAACGAGAAAAACUAUUACAAGUUUCCGUUUAUGUUGAUCUUAGGUCACGAAAAGUGACUUUUAUAGCCCGUAACAGGUAUUUAUUUUAAAAAAAAAAUAGAAUACAAGUCUUUAAAAUACCCUUCCAAGGCAUUUGAAAGCCUUAUAAUACUCAAAUUAACACUGAAAUCGGCCGUUUCGCCUCAAAAAUCAGCUUUAAAAAAGCUCUUUUCAGUAGAAAAUUGAACAAUAUCUGAUUUUUUGAAGGGUUCUAGCGGACAAAUAUACUCAAUUAUCCAAUACAAAAUGUUUGUAAACAAAUAUUGUCCGCAAAUAUGUGAAUAACACUGGAGUAGUCCAACUCCAUACAAAAAUGAGUUCUAGCGCCAAUUUUAUGAAAAAAUAAACUCUCAAAAGAAAUUUCAAAUGUAAUCCCAAAAUCUCAAGAAAAAAAAUUAUUUUUUUCUAAUCUUCACAAGUUUUGUCAACGAGAAACAACAAAAGUGCCACAAAAGGAAGAAAAAAAAGCGACCAAUCAGAGCGAAAAGCUCCGCCUUUCUUCAAAGAAAAAAAAAAGAUAUGGUGGGGGGAUUAGUCCUUGACGUUGUUGGUCCCGUUACAAAAACACAUUUCAAGGUUGCCCGCCUUAUUUUUGAUGCCAAAAACAUGAAUCUAGAGUCUAGACAUCAAACUUUGCCCAACCAUAAACACCUUCUAAGUUUUCUUUCCUUUCUAAAGUUUCUAGUUUGGAGUUCUAUCCUAUUCGAAUCGUUAUAAUGCUUUUUUAUCACAUAAAUGAAGUCUCAACAUCAAACUUUGCUUUUCAGAGUGAAAUUUAUAAAAAAGGAACUGACUUCGAUUGGAGACAUGACGAAGAUCCACAUAGCUGUACUUUUUCUUCUUCUUUUGGAGCAUCGCUCAAAAAUUUCCAUUACAGAAAUAUUGGCGCAAAGAAGCAACCGACGAGAUUUCAAUGAAGAUGAACAAGAAACGAAAAAACGAUUUAUUUAGGAAAUUCGGCUCAAAAAAACAAAAAAAGGAACUGAAACUCGUUAAUGAAAAAAAUACAAAAAAAAUCAUGAAAAUUAUGAAAAUAGCAGAAUUAUUCUUCGCUCAAACAGUUAUUCCUUUCAGAAAAAAAUGGGCUUCGAAAGUGAAUAAUUUUAAGAAAGAAAAACUUGGAUGUCUUUUUUUCGAAAAAAAUAAGAGCUUUUUUUCAUCAGAGAAACUAUUUUACAACUUCAAAAAUUUUUUUAAUUCAAUUAUAAGACAAAAAGAAAAAAAUAAUUUUUCACGUCCUAAUUUAAAAAAACACUUUCGCUGAAUUUCAAGACAUUUUUCCGCUUUGAACAUUGAAAAAAAUCGAAGAAAAUUUCGAAAAAAAGACGGAAAAACUGUACCGCAAAAAAAUUGGAAAAAAAUUUGCGAAGAAAACCGUGAAAGCGCGCUCUAUCGACGCUUAUUCGUCUGUAGAAUUGAAAAAUUAAUAAUACUUUCUUUAACUUCAGUUUUUUUCCAAAAACUUCUUCUUUUUUUGGGUGGUAGACAUUAUUAGAAAAUUACAUGGCUUGAAGAAGAAAAGAGUCAAAAAAACUUUAAUUAAUCAUUACUUUCUACCGGAGUUUUAACAUUUUUAAAUCAAUUUAGAAUCAUUGGAUAUGGAUAACUUUGAAUUAAAAGGCAUUUUUCAGCUCUCCCGGCAAACAUCGUUCGGAGUAACGGUACGCGUAAAUGGCCGCGUCCGCGGGACAGUUCUCCGGGUCUUGGACUGCGCCCUGGCGGCUUUCGAGCUUCUCGCGACGAUCGUCGACGUUCCCCUUCCACUGAAUAAGGUUUUUUUUUCAAUUCAUAAAAUCGGCGAUAAAAAACAUGAAAAGGUCGCAUAAUCUGGGGAUUAAGCUUAAGCUUUCAUUGACAUCAAAUAUCCCGCGAUUGUUUUGUAAAAAUCAGCUUGUUUGUUGGAGAAGCCUCGGGAAACGAGCGUGACAAACUACGAGAAAGUCUAGAGACCGAGAAAAAAAAAAACGUGUUUUGUACUAUUAAUCCAAUGAUUCAGAGACAUGGGAUGGGUUCAAGAGUACCUCAUCAAGUUUUUUUAAAGGGAAAAAGUCGUAAUUUUUUAUCGAAUAUGUUAGAAAAAUCCGUUACAAGAGGGUCAAGGUGUUGAACAGAAGAAGGACUGAAAUUUUGCCGGAAAGAAGUUUAUUAUAUUUGAAAAAAAGUGGCAUUUUACUUGAAGGUUUUGGGAAGGAUUUUACCAAACGUUCGAAAGUUUUUCUUUUUAUUCUUUCCCUAACCCCCCCUUAAUGGGGACUUUGAUGAGCUUCUGCUCUUUUUCACAAGUUUUUGGGAAGGAUUUUACCGAACGAUCAAAAAAAUUUCAUUUUGUUUUUUUACCCUAACCCCCUUCCUAGGGACUUUGAUUCCCCCUCAUCACGCAAACCGGAAGCGCCCCGGAGUUUCUGAGCACCUCUAGGAAUCACUUUAGAGGAGUCAGCCCUUUAAAAUGGUUCAGAAAUGUCCGGGGCGCGUCCGGUUUGUGUUACCAAGGACUGAUUUUUGAGUAGAUCCAAAAUCAAAAUUCCAGAAGUUAAUUUCAUCUUGAUUUUUCAUGAACUCCAAACGACUUUCAUUUGUUCAAAAAAACCAAAGUACGACAAGAAAAAAGUAGAAACUCCUUUCUUCCAGCUCGACUUCAUCCUGCUGCCCAACUACGACGGAGGCAUGGAGAACUGGGGCCACGUGGUCCUGUCCGAGUCCCUUGCCGAACUCGGCGACGACGCUCAUCUCAUCUACAUCGUCGCCCACGAGAUCGCCCAUCAUUGGGUCGGCAACAAGGCCACCAUCGACAGCUGGCAGUUCAUUUGUCUUCAGGUUCUUCAAUAUCAUAUAUUUCGAAUAAGAAAACGAGCAGGAUUUUGGAUUUUGUUGAAAAAUUGGGGACUUCAAGGUGCUCUUCCAGUCUAGAUAAAGCACCUUGAAAUCAAAAAAGACUUUUUUUUAAACUUAUAUUCGCGACUUUUAAGGAUUCUUGGAUAUAAUUAUUUGAUUUUCAAGUCUGAAUUCUAUAAAUUGAAAAUUAGGGUAUUGAUUAUUGUGCGCUCCACUGCUAACUUGUUUUAACACACAUUUUGGAAAAGUUCCUGCUGUAGUUAUCACUUAAGUGGCCUUCCCGCCUUCUCAAUUUGACCUUGAAGUGUAGUCCGUUUUUCGCGACUUGAAGGGACUUCUCUGCGCUCUCCUCAUCUCUCGACGUCUCUCUCCUUUUUACGUGCUAUUUCCAUGUUUCUCUGACCUCGCCGGUGAGGGAACAGAGAGACGCAGACACGCGAAAACUGUCAAGUCGCGCCGGACGGACUAUAGAAGCGUUACUAGAAGGCAGAGAAAGUUUCUAGGUUUCUGGAGUUUGAUCCUACUUUAGGUCACUGUGAAAAUGAAAGAUUCUUUACGGCGUUUUUACAGAGUUCUUUGCGGAAUCUUUUUUCUUCAAGGAUUUUUUUUCUAGUCUAGUUACGACGCCUCAGAAUCGAAAAUAACUAUUUUACAACGUUUAGAAACUUAAAAGCGCUAUGAAUCGACUACCAGGCAAAAAAAAACUUUUUUUGGAUUGUGGAGCUCAUUUUUCUCCAGGCUUUUUAGUUUGAAUGCUUUUAAACCAUACAGGGCUUUUUAAAAUCAAAAUUUAGCUUCAAAGAAAAAAAAUCCUUCUGACGAAAAAUGCCUAAAAAUCAUUCUCCAAUACAUUAAUAGUUUUUGAAAAAUUUCAAGUUCCAAUAUUCCUCCUCAGGCUUCAUUUUUCUUCCUUUUUUUUCUCAAAAACCUAAUCUAGGCUUACGGACAAGCUCCCAAAAACCAUGUUAUAAGGAAACGGAUGAUUCAAAUCCAAGACACAAACAAGCGGUUCUGGUGCGUCAAACGUGGCCCAAAUCGUGUUUGGAACGUGUCUUUUUUCGGGUUUUUAAGCGGUUACGGUAGGCUUAAGAAGGGAUUUGAGAGAAUACUUUGAAAUUUUGAAAUUUUUUGAGCCUGGGAAAAUGAAAAGUCACAGUGGGGUUUUUUUUUUGAGGCGUUAAGACAAUUUUCGUCUAUUCAAGGCGAAAAAUUAGUUUUGAAAAUUUUUUUUCUGAGGAGACUUUUAAAUGGGACUUGAAAAUGAUAAAUUUUCCUUCGUAAGCCUUUUCGAGAUCCGUAAAAUUUCCUUUAUAAUGUUCCAAAAUUGCCAGAAAUGACACGAAAAAAUGUAUUUUAAAUGAUUUUAAGACAAAAAUUGACUUCUUCAGAGUUUCUCCAAAUAGCCUAUUUUUACGGACUUUGAUGGUUUUCAUUGACUUCAAGGCGUCCUUUUUCAAAAAUAAGAAAGUUGUGCAGGUUAAGACUUUCAUGAUCUUCAUCUGGCACACCAAGAAGUGUUCUGGCCGAUUUUCAGGAAAUUCCUAAUCGAAAAGUGAAAUGACUUUCCUUGUAAGAAGUUUCUAAAAUUAAGAUUGUCAGGGCAUAAAAAUCUAAAGGUCUAUUAAGAGGUUCUUAAAGGGCUACUUGGAGAGAUCACUUAAGGGGCCACUAAAACCACGUCUAUUGAAAACACUAUCUUAGUGGCCACUACAGUAAUUUUCUAGGGGUCUGGAAGUACCGCUUAGACUCCUAAAGAGGCCACUAAAUUUCCGUCGCUUAAGUGGUAACUAGCUCGACUACUGUAGUGACCACUAAAACGUCAAAUGCCUCUAUAAAAACCACUAUCUUUGUGGACACUACAGUGAUUUUCUGAGGGUCUAGUUGUACUGCUAAGACUCCUUAAGAGGCCACUGAAUUUUCUUCACUUAAGUGGUCACUAGCUCGACUACCAUAGUGACCACUAAAACGUCAAAACCCUCUAUAAAAACCACUAUCUUAGUGACCACUACAGUAGUUUUUUGACGACCAGUAGUACCUUUUUGACUCCUAAAGAGGCCACUAAAUUUCCGUCACUUAAGUGGUCACUAUCUCGACUACCAUAGUGACCACUAAAACGUCAAAACCCUCUAUAAAAACCAUUAUCUUAGUGACCACUACAGUAGUUUUGAGGGGUCUAGUAGUACCGCUUAGACUCCUAAAGAGGCUACUAAAUUUGCGUCACUUAAGUGGUCACUAGCUCGACUACUAGAGUGACCAGUUAAACGUCAAAUGCCUUUAUAGAAACCACUAACCUUCUAAUGUGGCUUUAAGUCACUAUUUUCCGUUUUAGUGGCAACUUCAGUAGUUUUUCAUCCAGUAUUCCUUCCAGUAACUCUGAUAAUUUUAUAACAAACAGAUUGGACCAGUUAUGCUGAUCCAUUGACCCCUAAAGCGGCCACUGAGAUGUUUAGUGGUCUAGUUGUAGCGCUUAGACCUCUAUAGUGGCCACGCCACUAAUUUUUAACCCCUUAAGUGGCCACUAGCUCGACUACUCUAAUGACCACUAUAACGUCAAAACCCUAAAGUGGCUUCUAAAAUUUAUUCCAGGAAGCUUCUUUUUGGGAAUGAAUGGGGUUCUUAUCCUUUCAACCUACAUCCAAAUCCAAAGAGCAGCUAUUCAGAUUCCAAUCCUCCUUAUCAUUCGGCUCAAUUAGAUGUUCUUUGUCCAUUUAUCAACAAGAUUAAUGUUUGAGCGGAUGCGGUAGGCGAACGCCAUUAAUCCCCGAGCUUCUGUCCAAAACGUUCGAUGAUUUUGGCACGGGUUAAGCUCAACAAAAAUCAACGUGCGUGUGGGGGUGUUUCCUUGUGGGGACGGCGAGGAAAAAAAAGGGAUUUUGGGAUGGAAAAUGGGGACUGACAAGCGGAAAAGCUUCAAAAAGGGUUUAAAGUCUUCAACAGUUAAAAAACUUCAUGGAUAGUGAUUACAAAUCCAAAAAAAAAAUUACUCGAAUAAGAAAACUUGAAAAAAGGAAAAAAAAAACUGCUAGUUUCUUACAGGAUUCAUUCUAUCCAUGGAGCGGAGAAGCUCAAAACUUUUUGUAUUUCUAUUUUUGUCAUUAUUUUUCCAUAGUCCUACUGAAUCCUUCACUUUUCAUCAAAAAAUAUUUAAUUCUCACGGCUUUAAAAAAAACCCUGGUCGCAUGUAGAAUGGCUCGAUGCGUUGCGGUCGCGAUGCGGUCCAUAUCCGGACUUUAGAGCUUGCUUUUUAGGACCCUAUCUAAAUGCCGCACCGCGCAAGUCGCUUUUAGGUCGGGGGCAAUUUUUUUAAAAAAGCUGUUACGCAUUUAAGCCAUCCCAUGUGCGACCAAAGUCUUCGAACAUUUUCUGCAGACUUUCUGUUAUGACUCAGGAAUUUCAGAGUGGUUUCUAUAGGGGUUAGAGGGAAAACAGCCCAUAUUAGGAGUAAAAAAGUGGUUCUCAUAGGGGCUAGGGAGAAAAACAGCGUCUCUAGGAACCAAAAAAGUGGUCCCUAUAGGGAUUUAAAGUCUGACCCCUUAGCCCCUAAAGCUUAAGUGGUCCCUACAGGGGUCGUUCAAUUUUAUUCAAAAAGAUCAUUUUUUCCAGUUUUUUUGCAUGGAAAUACUUCUUCGCCUAGAGUUCAUAAAAAUUAUCGACUAGCAUGUCCCCUAAAGGGGCAGCUUUUCUAAGUUUUAGUGACCCCUAUAGGGGUUGGUAAAGUGGUCCCCUCAAGGGCCCCUAAGGUUGCCCCUAUAGAGACCACUCUGGAGUUCCUAAGAGAGAACCUUUUCCCGAAAAAUUUACUGAUUUCUAGAAAUUUUGUGACAUUCGAAUAGAGUAUUCAGUACAAAAUCCAUUCUACCUGAUUUCCGCUCUUUUUCCAGCUAAUCCCAUAUUUACGUAUGUCGUUAACAUUCUCAAAAGGACGUAGGAGAAUCUUUCAAAAGGGGGCAAAACAAUUGGAAGGCUUCUUUUCUCAUGUGAUGAUGUUGUUUUCUAUGAUUCGAAGCCUUUUCUAAGGUCACGAAAUGCGUUUGAAGCUUGUUUUUUAGGAUUAUUUGUUUGGUUUUGAUUCUUGAACGAUGUCGGCAAUGACUCAUUUUCAGGGGGAAUAACUUGUGAUUUUUCAAAGCUAAAAAUAUUGAUUGAUGCUUACAGGAAGACCUGGCGGACUGGCUGGCAAUGAAAACCGUCAAAACCUUGCUGACCGACGACGAAAUGUACAGCCGGUUCAAGCUGUCGCAGUACGUCGAAAUUCAACUCGCCGAAGAUUUUUUGAGUCCGAAUCAUUCUCUGUUGAUGCCUGAAGAGAUUGAUCAGGAGAUGGUGAGCCUUGGAUUAUUCAAAAGUUCUACACAAAUUCUGAAAUAUUUUGGCACCUUGUAGAACUAUUUUUGUGUUUAAAAUAUGUACUUUCUCAAGAAACUUGGAAGUGUUCUUCGAAAAAAUGAGAUAAGGGGGAAAUUCUUCCUCUAAAGCGCAUUUAACAGAAAAUUCGAAAGCAGGGCCACUUUUUGAUCAUUUUCUUGCGGUUCUCAAAAACUUCCUCCGUCAUGAAAGGUCACAAUUUCCAUAAAGUUUCGGGAUAAUAGCUACUUGGGACUUUUUCGACCUUUUACUGCUUUGGCGGGAACUUCAGAACGUCAGAGUGGCUCCUAUAGGGGACAAAAAAGUGCUCCCUACAGAGGAAAAACUGAGGUGGACCCUGAGGAUGUUUCAGUUUUUGCUCAGAUUUGAAAAUUUAAAUGGCAAUCUUUAUCUUCUUCUCAGAGUUUAUAACAAUAAUCGACUUGUCCCCUAUAGGGGAAGGUAAAGUGCUCCCUAAAGGGGAACCUCUAAGGGACCCUAUAGGGACCACUCUGAAGUUCCUAAGGAGUUUACCCUUCUCCAAAAAAAGUACCAACUUUCCCGAAUUUUCGUGUGUUCAACGUUAUUUUGUGAAAAUCAAAUCAGCCGUCAGAGAGAGAUAACUAAAUUUUGGAGGGUCAGAGACAACUUUGAAUCUCACGGAAAUAAACUUUACCACGGUAUGAACUCUACAAAAAGACAUCAGUACCCUAUUGCUCAUGUUUAUUAAUUCUAUGCUUUGAAUAAUAAACUCUUUUACUGACUAAUAACCUACAGAUCUCCACGCACUGUUACCUGAAAGGUGUGGUGAUGCUGGAGACGUUGGAGAACGUCGUCGGCGAGGCCUACAUGCUGAGCGUCGUCAAGAACAUCGUCAGCCUCCACACUUCCUACAAUCUCCAGACCUUCCUUGGCCAUUUCGACGAGAUCCGCGUCGAUAGGAACGCCACCUUGGCUCAGGUCAGCUUGAAAUUCAGCUCAAAAUGGGGCUUCUGAUGCAGUUUGACGCGCUGAUUCUGAAUCUUCGACUAAAAAUCGUUGGAAAGGUCUUUUAACAAAUGUUAAAGCUCUUUGAAAUUUGAAAUUUGAAAUUUUUAUUCAGUCUUCAGAGUAAGUUCUCUGCUGAAUCAUGGAAUAAUUGAAGAGUUGUUUGUCGGUUCGCGAUAAUGUCGUUGAUCAAGCGUAGGCGCGUAGAGCAUCUCGCCUCUCUUGUGCUAGUAGUAGACGAUUUUCGAGCGUUUCCCACGAUCACUGCAAAGCUCUUUAAGUUAAAAAAAUAAAAGUACAGGCUAUAUAGCUGGAAGUUCUUGAGCUGAUGAGGAGGAUACUAGGAAAAAUCACGUUUUGGGUUGAAUUCUCCGAAAAAAAAUCAAGAUUGGGCCAUUUUUUUAAAAAUCAAGAUGUGGCUCAAAUUUUUAUGAAAAAAAUUGAGGUCAGGCUCAAAUUUUUUUCGAAAAAAAUCGAUGUCUGGCUUUAAUUUUUUUGUUUGAAAAAAACCAAGGUCCGGCUCAAAUUUUUCUGAAAAAAAUCGAGGUCUGGCUGUAAUUUUUUUAUUUAAAAAAAUCAAGGUCCAGCUCAAACUUUUUUUGAAAAGCGAAGACCAGGCUCAAAUGUUUGGAAAUAUCGAGUUCUGGCUCAAGUUUUUCCGGAAAGUCAAGGUCUGGCUUAAAUUUUUUUCAAACAAAUCUAGGCCUGGCUCAAAUUUUCUAUCAAAAAAAGCAUGUCUUUAACUCAAGUUUUUCAAAAAAUCAGGAACAUUUUUGAAAAAAUCAUACUUCUAACUUGAAUCGAGCCGAUUUUGUUAUCGUUUGAAGUGUCUGCAAAUUCUGAGUCAAAAGAAAUGUCUCAGACUUCUGAAGGAGCCCUGGAAGAGCCGUUUUUUGCAAUCUUUCCAAGUUUUCAAGUUCGAUUUCCGUGACACACGCCAUCUACAUUCUGAUUUUUCCAAAUUCUGAGGUCUAUAAUUUCUUUCAAAGACGUUCUUAGCUUUUUUUUUCCAGCGAAAAUUCGGAAUCAGCGAGAAAUUUUCAUCUUAUUAAAUCCCUUAAUGACCUGAUAAUCAUCUCUAAAAAGUGAAAAAUCAAAAAUUAUUUUCAGAUCUUCGAGUACUGGUUUACCCAAGGCGGUUUCCCAUCGGUCCUCGUCGAGAACAACGGUCCGUCUUCACGUCUUCAGCAGAUGACGAAGCCACUCUGGCCCCUGAGAAUGACCUCGACGCUGUCCCUUCCCGAGUUCGUCUUCUCCGAAUCCAUCGUCUUCGCUUCUGAAUCUGCGCCGCUUCUCGUCAACCUCAACUUUACCUCUUUUAUGCGUAUCAACUACGAUCCUUUGACUUGGACUUCCAUCUUCAGGUCUGUCUGGGCUUCAAAAAAAAAAUUUCUCUAUAAAAAAAUAGUUUCACAUUCCUUCAAAAUCGGAAGAUUUUGAGAAGCUUCAGCCAAAAAUGAUCUGCUUGCUGUAUCUUCUUUAUGAAUUUUCCAAAUCAAAAAAAGGUGUUGAAGCUGCGCUACAUGCUAAGUUAGUAGAACAGAAAAGUGCUCUAACUUUUUUCUGAAAAUUAUUUUUUAUUGAAGGUUUUUAUGGUAUUUAGGAGCUGAUUGGUCCCUAUAGGGACAACUUAAGAUGCCCUUUGUCAACUCUUAUAGGGGCCACUAAUACUUGCAAAAGUGGCCUCUAUAGGGGUUUCAGUUAGCGGCUUCGAUAGGGGAGAUGAUAGUCGAUAAAUGUUAUGAACCCUGAGUGAAGAAGCUUUACCAUGGGGAAACUGAACGAACGUUUUUUAAAUGAACUUGAAAGACCCCUAUAGGGUCCACUUGAGCUUUAAGGUCAAAGGGUCAGACCCGAAACCCUUAUGAAGACCAACUUAUUUUACCCCUCUAGGGACCACUUUUUUGGCGCUUAUAGAAGCUGUUUUCGACAAUAAUCCCUAUAGGGACCACUCUGGAAUAAAAUCUCAAUUUUUAGACAAAAAUAAUUUUAUAAUUAACUUCAGUUUCAAUAACCAUUGACAAGAAAGCUAAAAAUUCCGAAAUUCGAUCUUAUUUUGGAAACUUCUUGCAUGCCUGAGAUCAUCCUCUCAAGACCGAAAAAGCCAUUCUUAAAGGUACAUGCUGGACGAGCCUCAACUCUUCUCCCCAGUGGGUCGUGCUCAACUCAUUUCCGACUUUUGCUACUUCAACGCCCACAAGCAAAUCGUUAACGGCUCCUUGAUUCGGAACGCUGUCGUCGACAUGGUUUCUAUUUUUUUAUUUCUUCCAAAGAAUGGCUCAAUGGGUCGCGGUUACCUUGGGAUCCAUUCAAUCUUCUGACUGCACCCGAAAAAAAACUACUUUCGCGCUUCGGCAUCUUUUAAGAUAGAGCUAAAGAAAGUACCAAAAAUGAAAAUACCUUUUCAACUAGAAAAACCGUACCUUUUUGAAUCAUUCCAUGCAAACAGCUCACCCAAAUUUUAAAGGAGCAUACGCGAAAAAAUAACUCGUUGCUAUGUGCCUUUAAAAAACCCCCAACCUGUUAUGAAUGACCCAUUUGCAAAAUCCAAAUUCCAGGUCUACGCAAAGCCGGAAUACUUCGAGCUGUGCGACUGGAACCUGUACUGGUGUCACUCCACAACCGACGUGUCCUUGUUUUCCAAAUUGGUCAGACGGCUCGCUUUGGGAUUCACGGUCAUUUUCGAGAGUUCGGCCGCGUUCGGCUGUCGGAAUGGGAUGGCUGUCCGUGGAGUUAACACCUUCUGUGAGACGCUUUUCGGUGUGAAAUGUGUAUAA